GGCAUUUAAAACCUCACAGUCACAGCAGUGUGGGUCUGCCAUUGAUUUUCGGUGGAUGCGAGCCAUGUUGCGAUGAUGCAGGGAAAGCUGCCGGCGGCAACGAAGCUACAUGCUGUCAAAUUACAACGAGGAUGACAAAGCUGGCACUUGCAUGCACCACAAAGCUGUGGUUUGUAUUGUCAGACAUAUUUCUUGACAUAAAAAAAAUGAUUUAAGUUACAAGUGGUUUAAUAUAACAUCACAAUGCUAUGUGAUGUGUAAUUGCCUUUGUCACUCUAUUGGAGUUCAAUGUAUUUCUCAAUAACUCUGAGUUAUUAGAUUGCCAAUUGCACUGACAUAAUAGGGACAUCCUGAUCAAUAACUUAACACUCUGUAGUUAACGUGUGCAGAUGUUUCUGUUUCUCUGCUCUGUUCUCAAUCAUAGGUGGAAACAUUGUCUUUGUGAUGAACUCUUGAUAUGUUGAGUGAUUUUCUUUUUUUUAUAAUUCAAAGUUUUAUGGUUCUGAGCUCGCCCUUUACACAGAAAGAAUUAUCAUAUAAGCAAGCACUAACAUAUUCUGACUAUAGUGAGAAAGUAUUUUGUGAAUAUUUAAAUCUUAAGUAAUACAAGACGAGGUGACAUCUGACACUCACCCAUUACCAUGCCUCAAGUUACGCAGGCUCACUUCAACAGAAGAGUUUACCUCUGACAUGUUUUCCUCUGUUUUGAUGUGCCACACUGAAUUCAUUGCAUUCAUUACAAGUUGAUUAAUGAAUGCUGGUACAGUCACUCAGAUCCCAGACAUUAGACAUUAGGACAUCCAUACAUCAUUAUUUUCUCAGGGCAUCUCCAAAUAAAAAUAUCAUUUAGAUAUGCUGAGAUUCUCAGGAAAGCCAAACUGUAAACUGUAACAGAAUGCUUUUUUACAUUAAUGUUUGUCAGUUUAAGUCGAUACUAAACAAAAUCCUAAAAUAUUCUUGAGUGAAUUUGCUAAAAAAAAAAAUGAAAAGAAAGCAACAUGUUUUGGUUUUUAACAAAAAAGAGUUAUGACCAACAAGUACAUGCGAAUACGGGAAGAAAGUUUGUAUUGACCAUCUCUUAUAUAUGUACAGUACGUUACUGGUAUCUUUAAAAUGUUUCAAAGUGGUUGUAACCAGUCAUAUACAGAACAGUAUAGUGGAGUUUAAUAAAGUUCACAGUAGCUACAACUGUCUCCUCUCUCAUUGGAUGGCACAGCAGUAUAUAUUGAUGUGUGAGUGUGUUUCACAUGUUCUUCCCGGUUUAAUUCGACGGUGCAUCACUGGGAGAGUCAUUGUGUUUCAGUGAACUCCACUGACUGUUUCAUUCCUGUGGCUUCUUCAACAACAAAAAUAAUAGUUACGGCAUAGGGGAUCAAUAUUGUGCUGGUUUCUGAGGACGACUUUCAGCUGCAGCGCCAGUUGAUGGAGAAAUAUUUCAGACCUUUGCAUCCUCAUCAGGACACAAGAGGCGUCAAGGGUCAAAAGUCUAAAAUGUGUGACCGUCAAGAAAAAGGCCACAAGCAUGGAAAGACUUCUAACUCAAAAUCUCAACCAAUGAAGCACCAUCACCAAAGUCAAGGCCAUCGUCAUCGUCAAAAGUUGCAACAGUCUGAUGACAACGAUAGCCAUGACACCCAUUCAACAGCAGAGGACAGCCUUUUCAGUGAUCACCCCCCCGACCAUCAACAACAGUGUGAUGAUGACAAGACUCAUCACUCUCACCAUUACCAUCGCAAGCAAAACCAUCACCAUACUUGUCUUUCAGAAACUCCCCUAAGUUCCUCAACUGGUUCCUCUUCCUCCUCCUCCUCCUCCUCCUCCUCCUCUACUUCUUCUGGUUCAUCAACACCCUCGUCCUCCUCUUCAUCCUCCUCCUCCUCCUCUUCCUUUUCGUCCUCCUCCUCAACAUCUUCCUCUAGCCUGUCCUCUGAGGCCAGCAGUGAGUGUUUAGAUAAAUAUCCACUUAAGAAACCCCAGCAUUCACUUUCCUGUAAUGACAUUUCCAGGAAGAACAAGUACUUUGAAGAAGAAGACGACACAGCCCCUUUAAUAAAUAAAAGAGGAAAUCAAAACAGGCUCCCUGCCAAACAGAAGAAAGAGAAAGGGAAGUCCUCUCACAGCGGCUCCACUCAGGGCACCCUGAAGAACACACAGAGGACUACAAAAGGUUCCGAGAAUGAUGGUUUCCGCAAAGCCAAAUCAAUGGAGGCUCUCACUAGACCCAAAGAAAAAGAAUGGCAUGGAAAUGGAGAUGGAAAUGAACAAGAGAAGAGAAAAGGCGAAGCCAGGAAGAAUUUAACAAAGGAAAAAAUGAAGUUCUCGGCCUUCCUUAAUGAGAUCACUCGCCAGGUGCUCAGCCCGAUGAGACUCACCACUCUUGGGGUAACAGAUGCUCAAAGACCCUGCAGUCCAGGGCAAGGCUCUGUUAGAUCCAGUAAGGUAGACAGCAGCACUGAGAAACACAAACAGCAGCAGAACCAGCAUGCCAGUGCAGACUCAAUUAGCUCUAAGCACUCCCAUAGCAGUAAGCACUCUUCUCACUCUAAAACCAUCCACCACCAUCAGCGUCACCAUUCUGCAGACUCAGCCCAUAACAUGAACCACAGGCCCAGAAGCUGGUCUCAGACUUCUCAGCAUCGUUCCCCUUCUCAUAAGCACAACCGCCACCAUCACCAAGGAGACCAUCACACUUCUAGUCAUCAUCACCUUGGUGACAGCAACAACCCAUAUUAUCGCCAUCAUCGCAGAGACUACCACAGCACAGCAAGUCAUCACCAUCACCACAGUCCCGUCCAUCAUCAUGGAGCUCACCAUAGCCACACUCAUCACCAUGGUGACCACCACAACACUUCUCCCCAACACAAAGACCAUGACAACACCUCCCAUCACCAUCACUAUGGAAACCGACAUCAUGGAGACCAGAGCCCAAAUCAUGAUGGAGAGCACCACAGUGCAACUCAUUAUCAUCACCAUGGUAACCAUCAUAGCCCUCCUCGUCGCCAUCGCCAUGGAGACCACCAUGGCCAUGCUCAUCACCAUGAAGGUCACCACUCCCCAAGACAUCACCAUGGAGACCAUCACAGUUCAGGUCAUCACCCCCAUAGCAACCACCAAAACAUUGAAUGUCCUACUACACCGGGUCACCAUGGAAACAAGAGCCUAACCAAUGACCUUGGAGUCCACCACAGCCCAACAAUUCAUCAUCACCAUGGUGACCACCACAGUGAACCUCAUCGGUAUCACCAUGGACACCAUCACAGUCCAGACCAUCAUUAUCACCAUGGCAACCACCACAGUCCAGACCAUCCACAUGACCAUGGAGACCACCACAGUCCAGACCAUCCGCAUCACCAUGGAGACCACCACAGUCCAGACCAUUCGCAUCACCAUGGAGACCACCACAGUCCAGACCAUCCGCAUCACCAUGGAGACCACCACACUCCAGACCAUCCGCAUCACCAUGGAGACCACCACAGUCCAGACCAUUCGCAUCACCAUGGAGACCACCACAGUCCAGACCAUCCGCAUCAUCAUGGAGACCACCACACUCCAGACCAUUCGCAUCACCAUGGAGACCACCACAGUCCAGACCAUUUGCAUCACCAUGGAGACCACCACAGUCCAGACCAUUCGCAUCACCAUGGAGAACACCACAGUCCAGACCAUUCGCAUCACCAUGGAGACCACCACAGUCCAGACCAUUCACAUCACCAUGGCAACCACCACAGCCCCGACCAUCAGCAUCACCAUGGAGACCACCACAGUCCAGACCAUUCGCAUCACCAUGGAGACCACCACAGUAAACCUCAUCUUCAUCACCAUGGAGACCACCACAGUCCGGACCAUUCACAUCACCAUGGCGACCACCACAGUAAACCUCAUUUUCAUCACCAUGGAGACCACCACAAUCCGGACCAUUCACAUCACCAUGGAGACCACCAAAGUGAACCUCAUCUUCAUCACCAUGGAGACCACCACAGUUCAGAACAUUCACAUCACCAUGGAGACCACCACAGUUCAGAACAUUCACAUCACCAUGGAAACCACCACAGUCCGGACCAUAAGCAUCACCAUGGAGACCACCACAGUGAACCUCAUCUUCAUCACCAUGGAGACCACCACAGUCCCGACCAUUUGCAUCACCAUGGAGACCACCAUAGCACAGGUCAUCACUCUGAAUCACAUCUCAACCAGCCCUGCUCCAAAAACAUUGAUCUUGACCAUGAUGACCUUGAUGACCACCAUCCUCAUUUAAAGGGCCAUUCUGCUGGCAGUCCCCCUUUACACAGGAAGCUGGAGUCACCCAGGAAGACCAGCAGUCCCUCCAGUCAGGACGAGGAACAGACAAGCUUCACUGGCCCAUCAUCACAUAAAGAAAAGGCACAUGAACUGGGCAUGAUACUGCAGGAGCAUAAUGAAGGUCUGCAUCAAAGUUUGCUGAAGACAGCAGUGAGGAUGGAGUGUUUAGGAGAGGAAUUCAUGAACAGCCAAAAACUUCUGGAAACAGAGCUUCAGAGGACACGUAUGGAGCUUAGUAACCUCACCGAGAGGUUUAGGAGACUACACGACCACUGCUCCUCCACGCAACAGACUAAUAAUCUCCUAGAGCAAAAGCUUCAUUCAGUGUGUCAGAGUAUGGAAGGAGAACGUGAGAGGUUGAACUGGCGUAUUUCAGCGCUGACGGAGCAGCUCGCUGAUGCAAAAUUUGCCAACAAAGUGGAAACAUUUAAUGUACACAAAACUGAGCCCCAUUUUCAGUCAGAUGAUGGCAUGAAUCAGGUGGUUCCUCCCAUCACUCCCCCUCCAGCUCAGUUCAUGGACAGCCAUAACUACGAAAAUGCCAAAGCCGGGGGGCAGGAGCAACCUCUGGGGUCAGUUCCAGAAGAGGAGGAAUCGGACUGGUCAGAGAUGGGAGACGAGACCCCACGAUUUAUACUGACAGGGUCAAACAGAGGUCCAGUAUGGAGACACAGGGAAGCAGACGGGGACAAAGACAGCGAGGGUGAGGAAAUUGUCAGAGGACACUCUCCACGCCCAGUGCAGAUACCUCAUGUCCAGUUCACCAUGCACAAUGAGAAGCGGUCUGACGGCAUGACAGGUGAGGGCACUUACAGGAUGCCCACAAGUCCAAACCUGGGCUCUGCCAUCCUGAUCCGGUCAGCUAGUCUGGAGGAAAUCCCUCUGGCACGCCAUCACAUGCACAAGGAGCUCAGAGGCACGGAGGCCAUGAUGGACCUCCACCACCAAGGGCACGAAGCAAUCGAGGAUUUAGAUAAUGAGAUCAUUCAUCACUGGAGAACAAGCAAUGCCAGAGACGUGGCUAUUGGGAGGCCGAUAGAAGGCAGGAUGUCAGAGGCAGAAAGCAGCAUGGCCGGCCUGCAGUCAGCCGAGCGGAUGCUCAACCACUUCACAUAUGGACCGCAGCCCGGGGAAGGCCAGGGCAGGGCCGAGGUGCGUGGCUGGACAGGAGGGAUUCCAGAUGAGGUGUUGAAAGGGGAGCGAACCAAGCUGUGACAGAAACAUGAGUGCACAGUUCACUGUGUCGGAAGUCAUAAUUUACUUUGAUCUUUAUGUACAAGGAAAAGUUCAAUGAAACUCUUUUUUUUAGUGGCUCAGUGGUUCAGUCCCUUUAUUUAACGAUUUCGAAUUCAGAGACUUACUGGAUUCACUUUGAUAGCCUGUCUCUAAUUAACCCUUAUCAGAUAGCAUAUUGGGCUCCCUGAUUUGUUUCUUAAUACAAAUCUAAUAAUUGUAUUAUUAUUAUCGUACAUUAAACACACAUUACCAUUUUAACCAAACCGAUUAAACAUGAGAUCAACACAACCAACAUUUGCCAAGUGGAAUUGGAGGCAGAUUACUAAUAUAUGUAUUUAAACACUAACUGUAUAUUUCUGUACAUUGAAAUAUCCUCUACAGCUUAGAUUUGGUUAUUUAAUGGAACAAUGUAAAUGUAUAUUUCCGUUGUAUAAAUGCAAUUAUAGGCAUUUCCUUUUCUGUUCUUUCAUCUCUGUGGUUCAGUCAGGGACACUCUCAUCAUAGAUUUAACCAUUUAUUGCAACAAAUGGAAAUACAGUUAUACUUGGCGAUGAUGGCUCUGUUCUGAUGAUUCUCCCUGAAUCAGCCAAGCCGCAUGCUAAGAUGACACAGGGAGCACGAUGCUGAGACCCCCCCCCCCCCUGUACACAAGAGUAGGCCCAAUCCAAGACAUAGUUAUGAUGACACCCAAAACCAGGAAGGUGGAGGCAAGCUUUGCCAGCAGCAGCGGUGUGAGGCAGCAUUGGAGUAGCAGGAAGCAGAGAGGAAUAGGGAGACAUGUAAAUGGACCGCCUGAUGUGAAAAUGGCUGUGAUUGGUUGUGACUGGCUGGAAUGAUAAUUCACUUAGUGGGCCUAUGACUUCCGUGUCCUGCAUGAACUAACGCAAUGCUUAAUAAUACAAAACGUAGGCUAGUUUUUGUGUUAUCAGUUUUCUUUAUUGCAUGAAACAUUAUGUAUUCAUAUAAGAUGUACUUAUUGAGUAGGUAGCCAAUUAUGCAUUGUUGAAUGCUAUAUACUACGUUACAUAAACUAAAAACAUAGCCUUAUUAGGCAUGUAUUAUAGAACAUAAUGUAGCCGGUAUACAGUUAUGAAAUACCUUUAAAUGUGUGUAUAAGCCAAAAUAAUUAUCCUGUGAUUGUGCAAAACAUUUAUUUCCUCUGCUUGCUAUAAUUACCCUGCCAAGCGAAAAGCAUGCAAGUGAACUAGUUUCACAAGCUUGUGUAAACAUCAUCCAUGUAACUCUGUCCAUGUUACGUCUAAUAAACCAAAAGAAACCCUAA